AUGGUAACUCAUUUUUCAACAGGGAUAACUGGACAAUCUCUUAAAAGUAAGGAGAGCAGUUCGUCAGUGCCCGGAGGAUCAGAAACAAUUCAACCACCUGCUGCGGGCUCAGAGCCCACCACCCUAGUGCCUGGGGUGGCAAGCACCAAGGCCACAGGAUCCGAGGCCACUUUACCUUCAACUGCCGUGUCAGGGUUGCCUGGCCCCACACAAGGAGGAUUUGCAGCCACUGGAGGGAGUGGUGCAGGCUCAAAGCCUACUGCCCCGGGAUCAGGAGAAACAAGGGCCAGUGUUCCAUCAGGAACCAGCGUACCUCUAUCUGGAGCACCGGGGACCCCUGGAUCAUCACCGGGAAGCUCGCAAGCAGCUGGCGCAGGUGGUGAAGGUUCAGCGACAGCUUCCCCGUUGGCUGGAGCCACAGGGGCAAGUGUUAUCGGAUCAGGAGCCAGCACACCUCUACCUGAGGCGCCUGUGACCCCUGCGUCAGCCAGUACAAGCCCAGAAGCAAGGGCAAGACCUCCGGUCAGUUCCGAGUCAACGGUCACAUUGUCUGGAGCAACAGGGCCUAGUUUUCUACGGUCUGGAACCAGUGUACCUUUAUCUGGAGGAGCAGUGACCCCUGGGUCAUCCGCAGGAGGGUCAGCAGCACCUGUCAGCCCUGGGGCAGGUUCAGGAGCAACUAGACCAUCAUCUGUAGAAACAAUGCCCACUAUUAUUCAAACUAGAGUUAAUGGAUCAUCAGGUGAAGGAUCAGGAACAAUUGGGUCAGGAGCUGCACUGACAAGAACCACUAGUAUCUCUGUUGUAGUUUCAGGGACAACUGGAUCAUCAUCUGGAGAAAUGGGAACCACUCUUACUGAAUCUAUUACUAGUGGGUCAUCUGGUGAAGGAUCAGGGACAACUGGAUCAUCAGCUGGACUGACCAGAACCACUAGAAUCUCAGUUGUAAGUUCCCGGACAACUAGACCAUCAUCUGGAGAAAGAGGAACCACUGUUUUCAAAUCUCUAACUAGUGCAGCAUCAGGUGAAAGAUCAGGGACAACUGGAUUAACAGCUGAAUUGACCAGUACCACUAGACUGUUGGUUGCAGAUUCAGAGACAACUAGACCUCCAUCUGGAGAUAUAGGGGCUACUGCUACUGAAUCUAGGACUAGAGGGUCAUCAGUUGAAGGACCAGGGAAAACUGGAUCAACAACUGGACUUACCAGAACCACUAAGACAUCUAUUGUUGCUUCUGGGACAAAUGCACCAUCAUCUGCAAUGACAAGAACAAUAAUAUCUGGUGUAGCCUCAAGGACAACUGGACCAUCAUCUCGAGGAACAGGGACAACUCUUAUUGAGUCCAGAACUAGUGGAUCACCAGGUGAAGGAUUAGGGACAUCUGGGUCAACAGAUGGACUGACAAGAACCACUAGCAUCUCAGUUAUAGGUUCAGGGACAACUGAACUGUCAUCUGGAAAGAGAGAAACCACUAUUCCUGAAUCUAGGACUAAUGGAUCAUUAGGUGAAGGAUCAGGGAGAACUGGAUCAUCAGAUGGACUGACAAGAACCACUAGAAUCUCUGUAGUAGGCUCAGGAACAACUAGACCAUUAUCUGGAGAAACAAGGACCACUUUUAUUGAAUCAGGAACACGUAGAACAUCAGCUGAAGGAUCACAAACAACCGGAUCAGCAGGUGGAAUGAUAAUAGCUACUAGAAUAUCUAGUGUUGAUUUAGGAACAGCUGGUCCUUUACCUGGAGAAACAAGGACCACUGUUAUAGGAUCAGGAACAAGUGGAAAAUCAGGUGAAGUAUCAGGGAUAACUCGAUCACUUGAUGAACUGACUGCAACCACUAGGUUUUCUAGUGUAGCUUCAGGAACAAGUGCACCAUCAUCUGGAAUGACAAGGACAACUGUAACAUCUGGUGUAGCUUCAAGGACAAGUGAACUAUCAUCUGAAGAAAAAGGGACCAGUGUUACUGAAACAACCAGUGGAUCAUCAAUUGAAGGAUCACAGACAACUGGAACAGCAGGUAGACUGACAAUAACUUCCAGAACAUCUGUUGUAGUUUCAGGAACAGAUGCACCAUCAUCUGGAACAUCAGGGACGAUUAGGUCAUCAGCUGACCUGACUGGAACUACUAAAGUAUCUGUUGUAGAUGCAGGAACAAUAGAACCAUCAACUGUAGAAUCAUGGACAACUGAGCCCAGAGAUUUAGGUUCAUCAACCACUGUAUUUUCAGCCAGUGCUAUAGGAACCACUAGACCUAGAGCAUCAGGGGCAAGUAGACCAUCUGUUGUAGGUUCAGAGACAGCUGGUCCAUUAUCUGCCAAAAUAGAGACCACUGUUACAAGAUCAGGAUCAAGUGGAUCUUCACUUGAAGGAAGAGGGACACCUGGAUCAACAGAUGGACUGACAGGAACCACUACAAUCUCUUUUGUAGGCUUUGGAACAACUGGACCAUCAGCCAGAGGAUCAAGGCCAACUGGGAAAGGAGAUAUAAGAUCAUCAACCACUGUAUCAUCAGUUGAUGCUACAGGGAACAUUAGACCUGGAGGAUCGGGCACAACUGGACCAUCUAUUAUAGGUUCAGAGACAGUUGGACCACCAUCUGGAGAAGCAGGGACCACUGUUACAGGAUCAAGAACAAGUGGAAAAUCGGCUGAAAGAUUAGGGACAACUGUAUCAACAGAUGGAUUGAGAAGAACCACCAGAAUCUCUCUUGUAGGUUUAGGCACUACUGGACCAUCAUCUGGGGUGAUGUGGACAACACAAACAUCUAUUGUAGGUUUAGAGACAACUAGAUCAUCAACUGGAGUAUUAGCGACAACUAGACCAUCACCUGGAGGAUUAUGGACAACUGGGCCAUCAGUUGAAGGAUCUGAGACAACUGGGUCAUCAACUGGUAAAAUCACAGGAGCCAGGAGAACAACUUGGGAGUCAGGAAGUGAAGUUGCCACAUAUGAAGGUACUUCAGGAGAAUCCUCCAAGGGAACCAUAUCUGGGAGUUCCCACACAGAGGCCACAACUUUAAUAGCAAGCAACAGCACAUCUGGAACUGGGCUCAGACCUGAAGAUAACACUGCUGUAGCAGGAGGCCAAGCGACUGGGCGUGUGACAGGUACCACUAAGGUAAUCCCUGGCACAACUGUUGCCCCUGGAAGUUCCAACACAGAGUCCACAACUUCCUUAGAGGAAAGUAGAACAGCAAGAAAUGGAAUAAUCACAGGCACAACUGAGAGCAAAUCUGGCAAAACUCUGGGACCUGGAAGGGCCAACACAGAAGCCACAAGCAACAUAGGAGGCAGUGGGAUCACCCAAGGAGGACUGCCAGGAGGUACCACUGGAGAAUUGUCUGGAACAGCCAUUGCAUCUGGAAGUCCUAACACAGGUACCAGUAGUGUAGUCUCAAGCCCAACUAUUGCAUCUGGAAGUUCCAGCACUGGGACAACCUCUGGAGCAUCAGACAAUCAAGUCACUGAAAGGAAAACAGGUACCCCAGCUAUGGCCUUCAGUACCACUGUUGAACCUGGAAGUUCCAGUAUAGGUACCACAAGGGAAGCUUCUGGCACUAAACUUGGACCUGGGAGUUCAAAAACAGAAGCUAUAAUGCCCUCUGGAGGCAGUGAGACCACAGGAAGUGGAAUAAAUACAGGGGGAUCUAGUAGCCAAGUCACUGGCAUUAAAACAGGAGCUACCACUGGCACAUCUGAGAGGUCAAGCCCUGGAAGUAAAACAGGUACCACUGGUGCAAUCUCUGGCACAACAGUUGCACCUGGAAGCUCUAGCACAGGGGCUACGACUGCUUUGGGAAGUGGUGAAACCACCCAGGGUGGAAUUAAAAUAGUUACCAUGGCGGUGACUACUGGCACAAUGGUGGCACCUGGAAGUUCCAACACAGAGGCUACAACUCCUGCAGAAGUCAGAAGAAACACUGAAGUUGGAAUAGCAACUGAAACUACCACUUCAAGACUCAACAGUGAUGCCGCUGGGAGUGGAAUACAAAGAGGUACCACUAGGACAAGCGCUGGAACUACAUCCUCACCUGGAGGUUUCAAUGCAGAAGCAACAACUUUUAAAGAGCAUGUUAGAACCACUGAAACAAGAAUUUUGUCAAGUACCACUGGGAGAGCCUCUGGCACAGCAGUUAUUCCUGAAAGUUCCAACACAGGUACUGCUGCAGUAUCAAGCAGAGUUACUAGUGUCUCAGAAAGUUCCAGACCAGGUACCUCCAAGGAAGUAUCUGAAGCAACUACUGGUCCCAGAAUUUCUACCACUGGUUCCACUUCAAAGUCAAAUGGAAUCACAACAAGCCCCAGAAUAUCCUACCCAGAAACCACUGUUGUCGCAACAGAACAAGAAAUUGAAAAUAAGACAGAAUGUUCAACAUCUCUUCCACCACCUCCAGCUUGUUAUGGUCCACUGGGAGAAAAGAAGUCACCUGGAGACACAUGGACUGCCAAUUGCCACAAAUGCACCUGUACUGAUGCAGAGACUGUAGACUGCAAACUCAAGGAGUGUCCUUCUCCACCCACAUGCAAGCCCGAAGAGAGACUUGUAAAGUUCAAAGAUAAUGAUACCUGCUGUGAAAUUGGAUAUUGUGAACCAAGAACAUGUUUAUUUAACAAUAAUGACUAUGAGGUUGGUGCUUCAUUUGCUGACCCUAACAACCCGUGUAUCUCUUACUCUUGCCACAACACUGGUUUCAUCGCCGUGGUUCAAGACUGCCCCAAGCAGACCUGGUGUGCAGAAGAAGACAGAGUCUAUGAUUCAACAAAAUGUUGCUAUACAUGUAAACCUAAUUGUAGAUCUUCACCCGUGAAUGUGACUGUUAACUACAAUGGUUGCAAGAAAAAAGUUAAGAUGGCAAGAUGCACAGGGGAAUGCAAAAAAACCAUCAAGUAUGACUAUGACCUCUUUCAGUUGAAAAAUUCAUGCCUUUGCUGCCAAGAAGAAAACUAUGAGUAUAGGGAAAUUGAUCUUGACUGUCCUGAUGGUGGUACAAUACCUUAUAGGUACAGGCAUAUCAUUACAUGUUCCUGUUUAGACAUAUGUCAACAGUCUACGACUUCAACAGUCAGUUAAUAAUAAAUGGCAUUACCUUUCCCAUUGUAACAGACCAGGUAUUUAUUUUAUAAGUGAACAAAAAUAAUGACUAAA